AUGCCCAUCCCCAUCCCCAUCCCAAUCCCAUCCCCAUCCCACCCCAUCCUCAUCCCCAUCCCCAUCCCAUCCCCAACCCAUCUCCAUCCUCACCAUCAUCUGCCCAUCCUCAUCCCCAUCCCAUCAUCCCCAUCCCAUCCCCAUCCCACCCACGUCCUCAUCCCCAUCCCAUCCCAUCCCCAUCCCCAACCCAUCACCAUCCUCACCCCAUCUCCAUCCUCAUCCCCAUCAUCAUGCCCAUCCCCAUCCCCAUCCCCCAUCCCCAUCCCCCCCAUCCCCAUCCCAAUCCUCAUUCCCAUCCCCAUCCCCGUCCCUAUCACCAUCAUCACCUAUAUAAACCAGGAGGUGAGCACCCGAUCAGCUGACGCCUAUCAGAGUCAAAAUGAUGAACGGAACCAAACGCCGUCUGACCAGGAGGAGAGGGGGCAGUGGGGGAACAAGGCGGAGUUCGUCCUGUCCUGCAUCGGUCUGUCCGUGGGGCUGGGCAAUGUCUGGAGGUUCCCCUACCUGGCUUACAAAAAUGGAGGGGGUGAGUCCCACUGA